UGUCAAACGUGUUCACUAUUACUCUGACUCUGGUAACGUGACUUCCUGGUAACGUGUUAGGUAGGAAAAGCAGUAAAAAAGUGCAUAUUAAGGGAGCAGAUUUGAAAUAAUAUUUAUACUUAACAAGAAAUAAUUAAAGGUUCAAUGGGGAGACCUAAAGAUUUACGCAUAUGGGAGCACUACCGUACUUUACCAAACAAGUCUGUUUCUUGCAAGCUUUGUAAUAAGGUCUACAAAUUCAGUAAUGCUGCCAAAAUGCUUCAACAUCUUAUCACUUGUCCAAAAUCUCCAGAAACAUUAAAAGACUCUAUGAAACUUAUAAAAGAUAGCUCGUCCAAAACCAAAAUGUCUGGACUGUCAGAGAUAGAGACAAAUGAUUCUUUUAUAAGCCCCUCGUCGUCUGCUAACACUACAAUAAAUGCUGAGUUUCAAGACACCGAUGAUCAUAUAAAAACAGAAUUAGCGAGAGCUAUAUUUGUAACAGGGACGCCAUUAUCGAUGGUGCAACAUCCUUUAUGGAUACAAUUUUUCGAAAAAUUGCAACCAAAAUUUAAAAUACCUUCACGUAAAGCUUUAGCGACAAAAUACUUAGAUAAAAUAUAUAGAGAAAUGCGUUUUGAGUUAAAUGAGGAACUAAAUGCUUGUAGUUACUUACACCUUCAGUGCGAUGGCUGGUCUAAUUUAAGAAAUGAAGGAAUAAUAAACUUUCUUAUAUCAAAACCUCAACCUGCAUACGUUAAAAGUUUGAAUACAGAAAGUAAUCCUCACACUAGUGAAUACCUUAGCCAAGAAGUUGAAAAAGUAAUGAAAGUGUAUGGAGCAAAUAAGUUUCUUGUACUUAUUGGCGAUAACGCUAGAAAUAUACAAAAGGCAUUCGAAUUAACAAAACUCAAAUAUCCACAUGUUGUUCCUCUCGGUUGCUGUGCACAUAUCCUUAACUUGUUGUGCCAAGAUAUUGUAAAGAUACAAGAAGUAACUGUGUUUAUUAUGCAAGCCAUAAAUAUAAUAAAAACUGUUAAAAGGAGUCAACGAUUAAGUUCCUUGUUGAUAAAAUCAAGGCAGGGUGAAGAUUCUACACAAACACUAAAAUUGCCUUGUGCUACAAGAUGGGGAAGUCAUGUUACUUCGUUAAAAAGUUUGAAAGCAAAUAAGAUAGCUUAUUAUUUAUUAUUAAUUAACAGUUAGAGAAGAUGUGGUAAUUUCAAGAGAUAUUAAAGAUUUAAUUCUAAGUGAUGAUUUCUGGACGAAGACAGGGGAAUGUAUAAGUAUUUUGGAACCAGUCACUGAAAGCAUAUUUUACUUAGAGAGCGACCAGAAUCGUUUGCAUCGCACAUACAUUACAUUUAGAGAUGUACAAGCUAAGAUACGUUUUGCAUUAAAUGAGAUUUCGACAUUGAGCGAAGAAAGCAAACAGCAGAUUCUAACAUCAGUAUCUUCAAGAUGCAAUAUGGCAAUGAGGCCAAUACAUUUUGCAGCAUAUAUUCUAGACCCCAGGACUCUAGGAGUCGAACUUACUCAAGAGGAAGAACUUAAGGGUAUGGAGUUUAUCUACAAUUUAAGCCAACACUUAAGUUUGUCAAAUGUAAUGGCAGAUUUGGCGUGUUAUAAAGCUAAAGAAAACUUUUGGGCCAGAGGAUUUGUAUGGAGCUCAUUAGAUAGCAUUGAGCCCCUAAUAUGGUGGAAAGGUAUUUGUGGUUCCACUGAGUUAAGCAAAGUAGCGAUUCGUAUUCUAUCAGCUCCCUGUACUUCGGCAGCCACUGAGCGUUCCUUUAGUAUCCAAGGCUACAUACAUAAUAACA